UUGACUGUGCUCAGGGGCUGAGAUUUGAAACCAGGUCCAAAUGCUUCCAUGUUUCCACGAGACUUACUGCUUCCUUUGGACUUAACGUUUUGCAAUGGACUAUUCUUGGGUCUACGAUUACUCUGGGGUAAAAGUGGUGGCAUUUUAGUCUAAAUAAUAGUGAAGACCCUAGGAAAAUUUGUCAUUCUUCUAGAUUAAGAAUCAAUCUAUAUCAAGUAACUAAGGCCUAACCCUUCACACAUGUACGCAAUUAUGCAAAUCGUAUGUGGGGAUUGGGGUCUUGGUUCCAGAUAGUAAUUAUAAUCUAUCCCCCACGACUUCCUGUUCGCCAUAAACUGAUUCUUGUCAUUGCCCAUUGAUGCUGUCACCCUUCCAUUACACAAAACAUUUUGGAGACUUUCAGUUUUUCCUAAAAAUACUGGAACUCAAGUGUUACUUCUUAUUACAUAAUCGGACAGGUUUUCAAAACAUUAGUUACCAUUUUGCCUUGCAGUGAGGUAGCAAAUAUUUAAGCAUGCUCGUUUUCAUCUGUUUCAGGAGAGAGUCUUUCGGACCCCCGCCCCCACGCCAGGUGACUUUCCUAAGGAAGCUACAAGUCACACUGCGCCAAGAAACGUCCGUGUUUUCUUCCGCUGCAGACAAAAUGAAUAUUCCCUUGCUGCUCCAACACCCUCACCAGCGUGUCCUAAAAGGCCUUCUGAGAACACCUUUCCCACGGUACCACUGCAUCUUUCGCCCAAGCGCCCGUCUGGGGGCAGGGAGCCCCCGCGCCCGCCCAUCGGACUCCCCUGGACUCCACUGCGCACAGCGGAUGCUGCCGUCAGGUUGUUUACGGAGACCAUUAUGCGUACACGCAACCUUAAAGGAACACACAGAAGGACUUUCUGAUAAAGAACAAAGAUUUGUGGAUAAACUUUAUACAGGUUUAAUCCAAGGGCAAAGGGCCUGCUUAGCAGAGGCCAUAACUCUUAUAGAAUCAACUCACAGAAGGAAAAAAGUCUUAGCCCAGGCGCUGCUUCAGAAAGUACUGGUCUACCACAGAGAGCAAGAACGAUUAAAUAAAGGAAAACCACGAGCAUUUCGAGUGGGAUUGUCCGGCCCCCCUGGUGCUGGAAAAUCAACCUUCAUAGAGUAUUUUGGCAAAAUGCUCACUGAGAGGGGGCACAAGCUGUCCGUGCUGGCCGUGGACCCUUCGUCUUGCGCUAGCGGGGGAUCCCUCUUGGGUGACAAAACCCGAAUGACUGAGUUAUCGAGAGAUAUGAAUGCGUACAUCAGGCCGUCUCCUACUAGAGGCACCCUGGGAGGGGUGACAAGGACCACCAAUGAAGCUAUCCUGCUGUGCGAAGGAGGGGGCUACGACAUCAUUCUCAUCGAGACCGUAGGUGUGGGGCAGUCGGAGUUCGCUGUUGCCGACAUGGUUGACAUGUUCGUGUUACUGCUGCCACCAGCAGGAGGGGAUGAAUUGCAGGGUAUCAAAAGAGGUAUAAUUGAGAUGGCAGACCUGGUGGCCAUCACCAAGUCCGACGGGGACCUGGUAGUGCCGGCGCGCAGGAUCCAGGCGGAGUACGUGAGCGCGCUGAAGCUGCUCCGCCGGCGCUCGGGAGUCUGGAAGCCGAAGGUGGUUCGUAUUUCUGCCAGAAGUGGAGAGGGGAUUGCCGAAAUGUGGGACAGGAUGAGAGAAUUCUGGGACCUGAUGCUUGCCAGCGGGGAGCUGACCGCCCGGCGGCAGCGGCAGCAGAAGGUCUGGAUGUGGAACCUCAUCCGGGAGAGCGUGCUGGAGCACUUCAGGGCCCACCCCACGGUCCGGGAGCAGAUUCCUCUGCUGGAGAGGAAGGUCCUCAGUGGCGCCCUGCCCCCAGGCCUGGCGGCGGACUUGCUGUUGAAAGCUUUUCAAGCACGGACUAAUGAGAUGUAUCCUAUACACUAAUUUUCCAUAUCGUAUCAUAAAGUGUUUUCAUUUUGAAA